AUGACUCACUUACCAAAGAUAAAUCAGGAAAACACUUUAUUUGAUUGUAAAGGUAAGUUAUAUCUAUAUUAGUAGAGCUGAAGUGUCAAUAAUCUGAAAAUGUUAUGUUUGAUAAAACUUUGAAAAGUAUAAAUUAAUUGUCAUAUAGAGGUUUUGUUCUAAAAGUUGGACCUUCUAAUUUAUUUAAUUACCAUAAUAGUAGUGAUAUCUAUAUUAAAGGUUCUAAAUUGUACAUUCAAAUAUAUUUGAUUGAAAAACUUAAAUUUAUACUUGAACUAUCGAAUAAAUAAGAAGUAAUUCUCUGAUACUUAUAGAUUGAAGUAUUUUAGAAUAUUAGUAAGUCCCAAUCUAUAGCAAGCAUAUAGUAAAAGUUCAGAUGAAGUAAAAAUAUCAAGUGCUUUUAUUCUAACAAAUAAAUGGAUCAGUCUCUCUUUUGAUAUAGAAAGUUUCUUUAAGGAUGCAGAACUUUAAUUUAAAAUGUUAAGCAUUCAUUCACUUUGUAGAUUAAAGAAAAUCUAUGAAGGUAAUCAACUUAAUCAUAUAAAGUAACUUAAUUUCUUAAAUAUAGUGAUGGAUUGUGUUUAAUUUAGAAGAUUUGUGAGAAGCGAAUAUUAGAACUGUUGCCUAAUAGUAUCAGAGCAUAAUCAGAAAAAACAGAGAUAAGAAAGAAUCCUUUAGUUUCUUAAUAAUAAAGACGUUUAUCUACAAUUUCUAAUUCUUAAGAAAAAAUUGUUUAGACAGAAUAAGAUAAUAAAAAAUAUUAGAUAAAAUAAAAAAACUUAAACUUUUAAGAAUUACCAAAAAAUGCUCAUUCAGGUUUGAAAACAAAAUCAUAAACAUUGUCUUAAAAUUAAAACAUAAAAAAAAUACACUCUUAAUAAUAAUAAUAUUAAAAAUAGUUUACAAAUUCUAAAAAUUAAUUGUAAACUAAAAGUUUAUCUUAACAAUAAUAAUAAUAAUAAUAAUAAUAAUAAUAAUAAUAAUAAUAAUAAUAAUAAUAAUAAUAAUAAUAAUAAUUAUCAAUAAUAUAACAAAUAUAAAAUUAAGAACUUAAUUAAAAAGGAUAAUAAUGUUAAAUCUCAUCAAAUAGAGCUAAGAAAUUAGCAUAAAUAGGUGGAAAUUUAACAAAGUAGAUGUCUCAAGAAUGUUUACUCGAAAAAACAAUAAAAUUAGCAACUGGUUUAUAAGUAAUAGAAGAAGUUAAUAUAAAUAAACCUCCAGUAUAUGCAAAAUCUAAUUCUACAAAAUAUACAGCUUAAACUCAAUUAUAAAAAAAGGCUGUAUAGAGUUUUCUUCGACAUACUUAAGAAUUUUAAAAUGGUAGUCAUUUUUCUCAUGAACCAUUUGAUGAUAGUAAGACUGAUAACGAAGUAGGUUAUAAAUAUUCAUAAGUCAGCUAAGGAAUGAAAGAUUUAUAUUAUGAAGGGGAUAAUUCUGAAUACUAAACAAAAUAUGGAAAGUUUUCAAGCACAUUCACUCGUCCUUUAGGAUUAUCAUCUUAUAAUCACAGAUUAUCUUCAUAAUAAUCAUAGAAUCAUUAAUAAGCAAGCACAAAUGAGUAAUUCUAUUUGAGUAGUCAACAAUUAGAAUCAAAUUUUAGUCCAAAUCAAACAGCAAAUGAAAUAGAAGAGUAAAUUGAUGUUCCAGAAAUAAAAAGUAAAAUAACUGAAGAUAGUUUUAAUUCUAUCAAUGGAUUAUAAAUAAAGCAAGAAGAUAGUUCUGAAGAAUUGGCUGUUUCUAAAUUUGAAUGA